ACUAUGGCUUCUUUUUUUUCUUUUUAACAUCCCUGCUUACGUUUGCUUGGCAUCGCUUAAUUUCCGCAUUCCCAAAUCCUCCCAGACUGGGAUCACGUUUAAAGUCGGUCUGAUGCAACGAUUCCCACUUUUUAAAAUCUACUCUCGACCCUCGGCCGACCAGAAGAGAGGACAUUUGUUGCAGCAGGGAUCAAAGUCAGCUGUGGUCAAGGCUGAGCCUGACGCAAUGCCAGGACAAAUCCCAGAUCCCUCCGUGACAGCGGGCUCCCUGCCCAGCCUGGGGCCGCUUGCUGGGAUCUCUGCCACCACGCUGACGGACAAGCUGAGGUUUGGCGAUCUCCAUGACAUCGGAACAAUGUUGUCACCCCUGCUUUUCCUGGACACUCAGGGAAAGAGACCAGUAGUCAUCAAAACUGAGAGAGAUGAAGAGGAAGAGAGGAGGAAACGAAGGCGAGAGAAAAACAAAGUGGCUGCAGCUCGAUGUCGAAACAAAAAGAAAGAGAGGACAGAUUACCUACAAAAGGAGUCAGAAAGAUUAGAGGUGUUAAACUCUGACCUUAAAGCCCAGAUCGAGGAGCUGAAGCUGGAACGCCAGCAGCUCAUCCUCAUGCUUAACCGCCACCGCCCCACAUGCAUCGUCAGGACGGACAGCGUCAAAACCCCAGAGAGCGAAGUUAACCCCCUGCUGCAGCAGCUUCAGACCAAGUGAACAAACAGGGACUUUCCUUUUUGUUUACAGUUGAGAAGAAGCAGCCAGCUAACAGCACUUCGUUUAAGCUCCUUCUCAGAAACAUACGAGCAAUGCACCACAAAGAGCUGAGCAGCUGGGACAGUUUCAGCGGAUCAGUUAAAUUUAAGAC